ACACAGAUAUUCCAUACCAUGAGCCAAGAUUAAAUCGUUGCUGAAUCGGGUCGCAAGAAAUUUGAAGCGGGCAGAAGCAGUUGAUUUUGGAAUUCGACGAGUACUUGCGCGCAAGCUUGUUACCAACCCAUCCAUAAGUCAGCUUACUAAUGUCUGAUUACAGUCGACACACAUUGUGGCUGCCCGCUCAUGCUUUCUGCUUAUUACACGGCAUAAGGAACAUCCAGACUUCGCAGUUUCGAGGUCCUGUUGAUAUUCUCAUCCGAAACAAGGUUCCAGAGCUGUCCCAAAUGCAGGCAUCUCCAUUGCUCUCAUCAUCAACCUCAAACUCGAGGUCGUUUUUCUUCGAUUUUCAUACUUCCUCUGGAGAGGGUUCGGAGCCACUCAUUGUCAUUGGAAUGGAGCCAGACCCGGAUGAAUGGGAAGAUGAGGCUGAGUUCACAUUUGCUUGCACCGGACAGCCGCUGUCAUCCCCAGUCCCUGCUGACAAGAUCUUCCUCAAUGGCCAGAUCCGGCCCUCACAUCCUUUUAAGUUCCCAAUGAGGAAUGAUGGGCCCAAUUCUCAUCAGCAGAAGAGACCGGUCAGGGAGCCACUCGGGAGGCUGUUCAGCCAAGAACGAGAGUGGAAUAGCUCGAGCUGGCAUUCGUGUUCAAGCUUGGGUUCGGGAUCUCAUUCAUACGAGGAAGACGAGUUCGAAUGUUUGGCUCCCGAGAUGUACUGUCUGUGGAGGGCAAAGGCAGCGCGAGAAGUAAAGAAUGUUUUGGACAAGAAGAAGAAGGGUGAUGAGCCUGGCGGGAACAUGUCAGUCUCAAAGAGAUGGAAGAUUAAGGACUUGGUAUGUAAUCAUGGUAGCAAGAAAGUGCGUGAUGAGCCCUAGGACUUGUCCAAAACUCGUCGGCAAGGGCUCUGAUUAUUGUCGGCCAACAGGAAGAUUAAGACGUCCCAUGAUUCUAAGCCCCAAAAAGUUGCCCGAGAAAUUCCAUGAAUAGUCAUGCUCAUUUUGUCAAAAAAAAAAAAAGAGGAGGAGAAAUUCAAGAAUCUUGAGAUGCAAGCUUGCCCAAGAGAAGUACCUCUGUACAUGAUUAUGUUUAUAUCUUCAAUUGAUUGGUUCUUUCCCACAUUUUUUUCUGAAAAUUUUCUAGCGAGCAGCCGGACCAUAACACUUUGUUUGGAUAGCUCUUAUGUAAGGUUAUGAAAGGGUGGGGGAGGAUGGGCUAUGGAGGGAUGGGAUGUUGUGGGCUAUGGAGGGGUUCUUUAAUUCUCUAUAAUCUAUGCUUGGAUAAACUUCAUUAAAUGAUGGGAGUGAGAUAUUGUGAGAAUUUCAAAAAAAUCUUGACCCUCAUUUAUUUUUUAUAA